GGGGGAGCGCGUCGGAGCGCCACAAACCGAGCUGUCUCCAGGUCUGCCCUUCGUGCUUGGUAUCAAUUUUAUCAAAAUAGAAGGAUGCGGUCUGCUGUCGUGUUAGUCGCGAUUUUCGUCGCACUGUUUUUGGUUGUCGUCCGGUGUGCGCCCAAAGAGCAUUCCUCCUAUCGACAAGGAUACGAAAAAAAUCCAACUCAUGGAACAAAGUGCGUUGGAAGAUGCAGACUCCAAUACAUCCUUAAAAACCGGAAAUUCGGCCACAGAAGAGCCAUGCUGGGAGAAAUCGGAGGCGGUAAUCUACUUGGAAGAGACAUACCCGGAGAAAAUGAUGGCGGUGAUAUAAUAGGGAGAAGUUUAUAUGGAGAGCUUGGGGGAGGUCAUUUAGUUGGAAGGGAAAUUCCCGGAGAUAUUGCAGGAGGUGGAUUAAUCGGAAGAAGUUUAUAUGGAGAGCUUGGAGGUGGUCAUUUAGUUGGUAGAGAAAUUCCCGGAGAUAUUGCAGGAGGUGGAUUAAUCGGAAGAAGUUUAUAUGGAGAGCUUGGAGGUGGUCAUUUGGUCGGCAGGACUAUACCUGGAGAAGACGAUGGCGGUGAUAUCAUAGGAAGAAGUUUAUAUGGAGAGCUUGGAGGUGGUCAUUUAGUUGGAAGAGAAAUUCCCGGAGAUAUUGCAGGAGGUGGAUUAAUUGGAAGAAGCCUAUACGGCGAGCUUGGAGGUGGUCAUUUGGUCGGUAGAACUAUACCUGGAGAAGACGAUGGGGGUGAUAUAAUAGGAAGAAGUUUAUACGGAGAGCUCGGAGGUGGUCAUUUAGUUGGUAGAGAAAUUCCCGGAGAUAUUGCAGGAGGUGGAUUAAUCGGAAGAAGUUUAUAUGGAGAACUUGGAGGUGGUCAUUUGGUCGGUAGAACUAUACCUGGAGAAGACGAUGGGGGUGAUAUAAUAGGAAGAAGUUUAUACGGAGAGCUUGGAGGAGGUCAUUUAGUUGGAAGAGAAAUUCCCGGAGAUAUUGCAGGAGGUGGAUUAAUCGGAAGAAGUUUAUAUGGAGAGCUUGGAGGUGGUCAUUUAGUUGGUAGAGAAAUUCCCGGAGAUAUUGCAGGAGGUGGAUUAAUUGGAAGGAGCUUAUACGGGGAGCUUGGAGGUGGUCAUUUGGUCGGUAGAACUAUACCUGGAGAAGACGAUGGCGGUGAUAUAAUAGGAAGAAGUUUAUACGGCGAACUUGGAGGUGGUCAUUUAGUUGGAAGGGAAAUUCCCGGAGAUAUUGCAGGAGGUGGAUUAAUUGGAAGAAGUUUGUACGGAGAACUUGGAGGUGGUCAUUUGGUCGGUAGGCACUUGCCUGGAGAUCUCGGGGGCGGUAAUUUAUUAGGUCGAAGUGUGAAGAAAACGAAGGGAAAACUGCAUUAGCUGAUAUAACAUCUGAUUGAUCGGAAAUUAUUUGUAGAUAAUUGAACAUGCUAGAUUUUUAUUAAAUUAUUCAAAACUUUGUUUUACUCUCCUUUAUUUUUACUUUAAAUAAAAAUUUAUUCAACAGUUGCACAGUUGUUAUUGAAUAUUAAUUACAAAAUUGGAAUUACCAUCAACAGCGUGGAUGUUAGAGAA